AUGGAAGGCCUCGCACGUGUAUUCUUGAUCGGUGGGGCCUCGAAAGCCGUUCGAUUCGACGAGCAGACGACAAUUGAGGUAUGUGAUUACACGAGCUCACAUUUCGCAGAGAGAGUGACCUCUGGGAAAGUGCUCGCCGCGAGCCGUACCUUCCUAUCACAUUCGUAUCUCUCUCUUUCUCUCUCUGGCCAUCCACUAAUCAAUCAAUAAAUGGGUCUGGUCCCGAGAGAUAGGUGGGGGCCGAUUUGAUGAUUCCAUUAGAUUGCGGGCAGAGCACUUUCGUCCGGAUGAGGCUCAAUAAAAUUGCGUAGUCGCUUUUAAUCUUUCGUCCCGCUUCUACCACUUGGGACCGCAUGGAAAAGUUAGGGAGGUACACUCGAAGAAAUUAGAUUCUUGGUCGCCCUAAUAAAAUUUAUGUAUUUUGUGUAUGUGUGUCGUUUUGAAUGUGUUUUUUUUCGCAACGACAACGGACCACGGAAAUGCGUCCGUAGAUCCGUAAAAUGGCCACCCGCCCGUCGAAGAGUAAUUAUUUUCAAGAACUGCCAGAUAUUAUCGAGCCACCGAGACCUGCUUCUAUAAAUUUGCUCGUUCUUUUUUUUGCCGGUGUGGUUUUGAUUGAUCACCUGCCGUCGAUUCGAUGCGAACAACAAACAAUUGGGGAUAAAGAUUGAGGGAAGCGGAUUGAAAAAGGGAGAAAUUCGAAUUGGGAUUUAUGUAGAGCUGGGUUUCUCAAAGUUUCAUCGAUAAGACAGGGAUCGAAGAGUUCCAUGAGCACUCACGACAAAUUGCACAGUUGUUCGGAAGCUUCACGAGCAAUCGUAAAGCUCAGUUUUAUGGGCAGUCAUCAAAAGUUUAUACCCGUUCUUCAUGAGCUCUUCCCCCAAGAACACAUGCUACCGUACCCCCGUGAAGUGAACCAAAAGCCUAUAAAUCCGAGCGAUGUCUCUUUUGUUUGAACGGACGUGUCCCUUCUGUUACAGCCAUAAAUCAUGUUGCAGCGUGUUAUCCAUGUCGUCGCGCGAGGCAUCGGCAUCUCGCAAGUGGCCGUCGCCCACUUCGCCCUCCGCCUCGUCACGGGUCCAUCGCCACAGACUGCGGGUAUUCUGGAGGGGACGGCAGCUCUAGUCACACACUCAAAUCGUUCAGGUUCCGGCGACUCGUUGUGGCUUCAUCCGAUGCUCCGAAUCGCACAAUUACCUCAUAUUUAUGCGAGCCAUCUUCCGAUCGGAGUCAGUGACGAGAUAAAGUAAAGGGAGAGAGUGGGGAUGAAUACGGUAGCACGGGCGGAACAUUUCAGAAUGGAAAUGAGGAUGCGGUACAUGCCACAAUCGGUGUACGAGUUGCAAGUGACCGACAGCUCCGCCUUCGUCUAUUUGCACGAGCAAGUCGUCGACGAGUUCUUCAGCCACGUGGCAUGGAGAUCGUCUGUCGAAGUCGCUCUGGAAGUGGCCGCGCUGAAAGUUUGCAGAGAUUUUGCGGAGCACAAGCACAAGUGAGUUGCGAAUGAUUAUCAGUUUCACAUUUCUAUUUUUCAGCAAAGGAGCCGAUCAUCAUCUGGAAGAUCUCGACAUUGACGCGUGCAUUCAGUCGCUCAUACCCAACGUUCUUCACAAUCCGGGCCAAAAAGUGAGAACCCACUAGGAUCACAGCGGAAUAUCGAACUAUCUGUUUCAGCAUAGCCACCUGAAAAAGCAGUUCGCGACGUACAUCAAAAAGUUCUCAACAACAUCACCGAAUGAAUCAAUCAUCAGGAGUUUGGCGCUUCUUCUUGAAGUCGUCAAGUUUGACGUGGAAGUGUUCAAAGCAAGUUUGGGAACGGGAUGGACGAAUCCGGUGGAGCUGGUGAUCGGGCCUCAUGCUGGACUCUCGUACAGACUCAAUGAGAGAUGCGAUGUAAGAGAAAAAACAGAGUAACUGAAACGUAUAGUCGUUCUUUAGACUUCACGCCUUCUGGAGCUACGAACGAUUGCCGAUAUCACAAUUCGAAAAAUGGAGAGCGGAUCGGAGAAGACGCUGAUGCAGCUGAAACUGUCCGGAGCUGCCCAGCCAGUGAUGAUAACUCUUUCGACGGAAGAACUUGCUCAGUCCCUGGCUCAUCUGCUCGACGGAUAUCAAAUGCUGUACAACCAACGGGACAGUGUGUUCAAGUUGAAAGGGAUCGAGAGAUGCGAGACUAUGACGAUGCACGACGCGACGAUCCGACCGAAGACUCCGAGCCAGCAAGUGGACAGCAACAUUCGGUUGAGGAGGGAGUUGAUCACUCUGAAAGAAUUGAUCGGCGGGGGACAGUUCGGAAAUGUGUACAAGGCGAUUUACCACGAUCUGGAGAAGGACGAACGGAUUGCGGUGGCCGUGAAGGUGUGCAAAGCGGACGCGGAGCCGGCCGACACGCAGCUCAUCCUGCAAGAGUCCAGUCUAAUGAGGAACUUCCGACACGCGCACAUCAUCCAACUCAUCGGCGUUUGUGUCGAUCAGCCCAUGUGGUUGGUACUCGAACUGGCGCCGCACGGGGAGCUCCGAGAAUACCUCCAACAGGAGAAAGACUGGCUGCCCCUCCGCACGCUCAUCCUCUUCUGCACCCAAAUCUGCGACUCGCUCGUCUACCUCCAUUCCACUCGCUUCGUUCAUCGAGACAUUGCCGCCCGGAACAUCCUCGUCUGCUCCCCGCAAUGCGUCAAAUUGGCCGAUUUUGGGCUCUCUCGAGCUCUCGACUACGAUGCAGUCUACACCGCGUCGCGUGGCAAACUGCCAAUCAAAUGGCUCGCUCCCGAGUCGGUCAAUUAUCGGCAAUUCAGUAUGGCAUCGGACGUUUGGAUGUUCGGCGUUUGCAUGUGGGAGAUCUUUUCGCUCGGCGUGAAGCCGUGGGCCGGAGUCACCAACAGUGACGUCAUCACUCACAUCGAGCAGGGCGCACGGCCGCCGUGUCCGGACAAGUGUCCCACCGCCCUUUACAACUUCAUGAGGACCAAAAUGUGGUCGAUUGAACCACACAAACGACCCACCGUCGAUCAGAUCUUUGCUGUAAGUACAGAGAACAAUUAAUGCAGAGGGGAUUUGCUCGCAUUUCAGAUAAUUGAAGAUGCAAGGCAUCAAGUGCUUCGAAACGUUCCAUUCGAGCAGAUAAUGGUUGGGAAACCAAUGAAUGUAAGUGAACUGUCGUAACCUUCUGCAAAUCAUUGCCCAUUUCCAGCCGGCCGGAGUGAUCGUGGCUGAAAUGUCCAGUCUGCCUUCUCUGACUCUCUACCGAGCCAUCGAAGAGCAGAAGAGACAGGCGGAGGAAGAUGCAAAGUGGCUGGAGCAGGAAGAAGAAGAAGAGGAGGACGAACUGGAGCCCGAACAGCUUCCGUCCACCUCCCACUCUUCUGUAGAGAACAUCCGAACUUCGAAUGGAUACCUCCACCACACACCCUCUUCCACGAGGUCAUUAAGAUUUGAGGUAGGUGAUUCCAAAUCCUCCCAUUACUUAAAAUCGCCUGCAGGACAAGACGUCGCGAGAAUUGCGUCGGAGUGUGAACGGUGUGUGCGACGCCGUCACGAAACUUCAGAAUUCGUUCAACAACCUGACGCACAACGACGACUUUCUUCAUUUCGUAAAAGAAGUGACUUCGCAACUCCGAGAGAUGCUGAUGGUCGCUUCCGGAAUGCGGGAUCGGGUUACGACGGCGACGCAAAGGACGGAAGUGGACAUGACGAAAACGUUGAUUGCGAAUGAUAUGAAGCAGAUGAGUCGAGUGAUGGCCAAGCUGCAGGUCAACGAAGAACAGGCGGUGGGAACAUCCUCUUCCUUCUGCUGAUAAUGCUGAUAAUUUCCGAUUUCAGACCUACAACACUCUCCGCCGUGACGUCGUCCGAAUAUGCGGAGAGCUGGCAGUCAACUGUACGACGCUCCAGCUCCAGUUGACGUCUCCGCCCCUGGAGAACGAGUUCUCGGCGCUGCUCUCCAAUUGCUAG